UACAGCUGACCCCUCCGGUUUCUGCGUGCGGUGCCACGUUAGUAGCGGUAGACACAAAAUACCAGCUACUCUCCCAACCUAAAACAAGGAAAACAGACCUCAACUUGGUCCAAAUUCCCCACCUAACCUUAGCCGACCGUGUCUACAGCGCUUGUCUCUCUGUCAGAAGGAACAUUUGACGAUAACUAUGUUGAAGUUUUUGCUCAUCUGCUCACUGGCUGUGGCCAGCCGGGCUGAGAUCGGCGAGGAAGAAGAUGUCCUGGUGCUGAAGAAAAGUAACUUCGACGAGGCUCUGAAAGCUCACCCAAACAUCCUGGUUGAAUUCUAUGCCCCAUGGUGUGGUCACUGCAAGGCCCUUGGUCCAGAGUUCGCCAAGGCUGCCGGCAUGCUGAAGGCUGAGGGCUCUGAGGUCCGACUGGGAAAGGUAGAUGCCACAGAGGAGACUGAGCUGGCCCAAGAGUACGGUGUCCGAGGAUACCCCACUAUCAAAUUCUUUAAGGGUGGAGAGAAGGAGUCACCUAAAGAGUACUCUGCUGGCAGACAAGCAGAUGAUAUCGUCACAUGGCUGAAGAAGCGCACAGGCCCCGCUGUGGCCACCCUGGCUGGAGUCACAGAGGCUGAGUCUUUGAUUGCUGACAGUGAGGUGGCAGUCAUCGGGUUCUUUAAGGAUGCCAGCUCUGAGGGUGCCAAGGCCUUUGAAAAAGCAGCUGAAGCCGUAGACGAAAUCCCCUUCGCCAUGACCUCUGAUGAUGCUGUUUUCUCCAAGUUUGAGGUGUCAAAGGAUGGCGUUGUCCUCUUCAAGAAGUUUGAUGAAGGGCGCAACACUUUUGAUGGGGAGAUGACCAAGGAGAACCUCCUGAACUUUGUCAAGUCCAACCAGCCUCUGGUCAUCGAGUUCACUGAGCAGACUGCUCCUAAAAUCUUCGGUGGCGAAAUCAAGUCCCACAUCCUCAUGUUCCUGCCCAAAACCGCCUCUGAUUUCCAGGAUAAAAUGGAUGAGUUUAAGAAAGCUGCAGGGGGAUUCAAGGCUCAGAUCCUGUUCAUUUUCAUCGACAGCGAUGUGGAUGACAACCAGCGGAUCCUGGAGUUCUUCGGCCUGAAGAAAGAAGAGUGCCCUGCCAUCCGCCUCAUCACCCUGGAGGAUGAAAUGACCAAGUACAAGCCUGAGAACGACGCCAUCACAGCAGAGAGCAUCACCAGUUUCUGUACACAGUUCACAGACGGCAAACUCAAGCCCCACCUUAUGAGCCAGGAUAUUCCUGAUGACUGGGACAAAACUCCCGUCAAGGUUUUAGUCGGAAAGAACUUUGAGGAGGUCGCCUUCGAUUCAUCUAAGAACGUCUUUAUUGAAUUCUAUGCACCUUGGUGUGGACACUGCAAACAGCUGACUCCCAUCUGGGAGAAGCUUGGAGAGAAAUACAAGAGCAGCGCUGACAUCAUCGUGGCUAAGAUGGACUCCACAGCCAAUGAGAUCGAAUCCGUCAAAGUCCACAGCUUCCCAACGCUUAAAUUCUUCCCAGCAGGAGAUGAGCGCAAGGUUAUUGAUUACAACGGUGAGAGAACAUUGGAAGGCUUCUCCAAGUUCCUUGAGAGUGGUGGUAAGGACGGUGGUGCUCCUGCAGGAGAUGAUGAAGAGGAUGAUCUGGAUGCAGAGGAUUUGGACGAAGGACAGGAUGAGGACUCCGAUGGGGAAGAUUACGAUGGACAUGACGAGUUGUAAAGAGCUGGCAAAGGAGAGAAAGAGGAGACAAGUCCCACCCCAACCCAUCCAACCAGUCGCCAUCAACACCUUCACUUCCUUGUGGACCUUCCCCAUCCUUGUGAACAUUAAUACUUCCCCUUAAACUGCCUCUCAGUCAGUCAGCGGCCUGCUAGCCUGCCCACCGGUUAGUCAGUCAGUCCAUCAGUGGCGGGGCCUUUUUGUCAGCCAUAACUCCAACCUCACAACUUCUCUUCUGGCCAGACUGGUUUUUGUCCCACCUUGGAGGACUCUGUGGAAUGGCGCAGCACCUCUAUGGGAGACCUCAAUGCCUUCUACAAAGCUCCACAUCAGCUGUUUGCCUUGUAUAUUUCAAACCAAAUGUAAAAAUGGCAUUGAGAUCCUGUUUUGAAAUGUUUUGUUUUGUCCCAAUGAAUUGCUCCCCUACUCUUUAAAAAAAAAAAGAAGCCUCAUUCAGUGUGGGUAUGAGCUAAUUGAGUGCUGUAACCUGUAUUUGUAGGUAAGAGGGGCUGCCAGUGUUCUUUCCCUCUAAAGAAAUCCAGAGGACCAGGGUUUUUGUGUGGUAGUAUUGUGAGGACUGAUCUCUCAGGGGGACAAGGGGCCAUCCUUAUCGAUGUGUUUAUUUUGCAAAGUUUUCACUAAAAUAACCCCACAGAGCUUGUUCAGUGUAGCACAAAGGGCCCCCAUCUGUAGCGAGACCAAUUAUUUUCUUUCCUUUGGUGGGGGGGGAGUUCUACUUUUUUUUUUCUUUCAUUUAUUCAUUCCCAGAUAAUUUCUCAUUGAAGUCUCAUCGUUUCUGCAUGGCUACUGACUAUUUUCUAAAAAGAACAAAAGUAACUUUUCUUGGGAAAAUCCUAUUUUAUUUAAUUGCUUUCACUUUGAGGUAUUUUGUUUUAUUUUUUAUCUUAGGACUUGUCAUUUUUUAAUGAGUACCAUUGUGCCCAGCUGUAGCCAGUUGGUCCUGCUGGGGCAGAGUUGGCCCUUGGACGCACUCUCAGACCUGGGAUGGUUUCUGGAGCCAGUUCUGAUGGGUCGCACUGCAUUCAUGCCUAAUCAGAGAUUUAUCACCGUUACUAAAGCGGACAGAGAUGGUACAGUUUACUGGUCGGGUUGGUCUGAGAGAAGUGUCUAUUGCAUCUGACAGUGGGGAGGGAACUGUUGCACAGCCCCACCCUCACCUAUACUGUACCUCCUUCAUCCCCUGUGGCUCUACCCAGCGACCUUGAUGCCACAGCAGUGUGAGUGUGUGUGCGUGUGUAUGUGUGCGCUGUGUGAGUGGUGUAAAAAUGCUGUGUGAUAAUAAGAUUGACUUGUUAAAAUGUCAGGUUGUUCUUUAGCAGGAGAGUGAACUGUGCUGUGUUUGGCAGGGGAGGCUUGAGUAGAGCAAGGUGAUGGUUUGACAGCUGUACAGAGGUGAGGGGGAACUUUAACAAAGCAUUCCAUCAUAUCCAAAUCGAUGUGGAAAAAAAACGUGAAAUGGUGGCCAAUAAAAAAAAAAUUACAAACAUA